AUGUCGAAUCACGAAAUUACCACUGCGGACAGAUGGCGAUGGGUGACCCAUUUACACGGUAUUUCUUUGGAAGAGUUACGCAAACAGACAAAUCGGUUGCACCUUGUCGUCUAUGAGGGCACCAAUGCGGAAGCUAUUGUCCACCCUACAGAACCUGAGAUCUUCAUCAACCAUUAUCGAUCUGCGUCAACACGCGAAGGUCUGCAUUAUGCAGCAUGGACCAAGACUAUGACCCUGGAGGACAUCAAGAACCAGUUGCGAAUGAGGAAAACAUCGAUGUACGACCCCAUUGUCGUGGAUUCUUGGCAGUUCUUCAUCAUCGACCGUGAAAUCGGUCAGCCAUUCGAACUUCUGGACAUCGUCCAAGAAGCCUUGUUGAUGCUUGUCGGCAACCUAUCCCCUCGCUCCGUCGCGAAUUGUGUCAUCCAAUCUCUACUCCACAGACUGAUGAAACUCGAUAUGGGGAAACAUACGUACGCUUUGGGCUCUGAAAGAUCUCUUAUUUAG